AUGCACGAAACAAGAAGACUUUUGGAGGCUGCAGCAGCGCUCUCCCAGCUCCUACGAGCGAGAGGAGUCCCUCACGCAUUCUACGGCAGUGUCAUGACCGCUGUGCUGUCCAACGCCCCUCUUGCUGACGAAAUCUUUUGCAUAGUCGAAGGAGGGUCUACACAUCCAUUUCGUCGCGUACGACAAGCAUGCGCUGGAAGCCCAGACAUAACGACGACGGUAUCCUCAUGGAGCAGUCGACUGCAUGCGACGUACCAUCGGUUAAUCCCCCGAAUUGAUAUUGAAAUUUUACCCGCGGGAGAGGAGGGCCCGCUACACCUAGACUCGACUACCACAGUGACCAUAGCAAGUAUUCCAUUCUUGACGAUCUCCGAAUUCAUCAGAGCAAAACUGAAGGCAUGGACGAUUCGUGCGAUGGAAAAGGACGCACAAGAUAUCGCUUUUGCGAUUUCGCGAUACUGGGACAAAGUGGACAUCAACAGAAUACCGGAGCAAGAAAUGAACACGUUUGUCCGUCAGUAUCAUACGGCUGCACUUGGGUGGGCAGCACUCAAACAAAAAUAUGGCAUUCCAUGA